UCCUCCAGCAUGUCGGGAGGCAAACGCACAAGACGCUGAAGCAGACCGCAGCAUCAGCAGCACCACACCUUCCUUCCUUCCGCGAUAUUCCGAGCCUGGCGCACCGGAUUAGACGCCGCGGAUCCGACCUCCAGGAUCCAUAAUGCCGGUUAAUCGAGUUUGACACCACCGAAAUGCUGCCGGGCUCUAUUCAGAUCACGGGAGAGGCGCUGUCCGGCGCGGAGAUCAAAGACAUAUGCGACAGUCUGAAGGAGAACAGCGUGCGGCUGCUGUCGGUGCGCGGCUGCCAGCUGUCUGACCGGGACUUCGGCCGCGUGUGUCGCGGCGUGGCGGAGUCGCACUCUCUCGCGCAGCUCAACCUCAACCUCGGCGUGGUGUCCACCAUCGGCCGGACCAAGCAGCUGGCAGAUGCUCUGAAGGCCAACAGAUCCGUCCAGACCCUCUUUCUCCACGGAAGUCCACUUUUAGAUGCAGGACUGGUCACCCUGAAUGGAGCCCUCUCCACUCACCCCUCACUGGUGUCCUUGGAUUUGGGGGACUGCAUGCUGGGAGAUGAGGCAGUUCGCCUCAUUUGUGGCAUGCUUCCUCCGGAUGGAGCCAAAUCAGGGCUUAAAGAGCUUACACUGAGUGCCAACCCAGCCGUCAGCACGCAGGGUUGGGCUCGACUGGCCAUCGCCGUGGCUCAUAGCUCACAGUUACGGGUCCUCAACCUCGACUACAAUCCCUUAGGGGAUCACAUCGCUGGGAUGCUGGCUGUCGCUGUUGCAUCCAGUCGAACUCUUGAAGUUCUGGACUUGGAGGGAACCAGCCUCACCAAUCAGUCAGCACAGGUCUUCCUAGACAUGGUGGAGAACUACCCCACCAGCCUGCGUGUGCUGGUUCUAGCUGAGAAUGACAUCAGCCCUGAGCUGCAGCAGCAAAUCUCAGAUCUCCUCUCUGAAGGCGAGGAGGACGAGGAUAAAGAUGGAGAGGCGCGCGGACGCUUGGUGACCCCCAGGGAGAAACCAGCCUGGGUUCCCCACAGCAUAACUGGUUCUAAGAGGCUGGGGCAAAAGGGAAGUACAGAAAUUGACAUUACUCAUGCAUUAUUUAGGAGAGAUCAUUUCUACUUACGAAAUAGAAAUAUGAAUUUCUUAUAAGGGCCAAGUUGUGAGUUCUCUGUCCUGUAUAUCCUAAAGUCAUUCGACUUAGAGGUUAUUAUUAGCAAGGUUAAAUCUGAAAGGAAUAGUUCGGCUGAAAAUGAUCAUUCUAUCAUCACUCACUCACUCCAAACCUAUUUGACUUUCUUUUCUACGCAAAAGAUGAGUUUUUGGAAGCAAAUCCUGGUCAUUCCUUUCCAUAAAAUGAAAGUGAAUGGGGACUUGGAGGUAACAAAAAAAAUCACCUUAAAAGUAUCAAAGAAGUACUCUAUUUCACGAAAACCAAUGCUGUCAAUAGUGUCGAUGCCCCAUUUUUACAGAAAGACUGUUAUACUCAAUGAUUUUCAGAAAAAUAGCCUACAUUUUUUUUAUACGUUAAUGAUUUUUGGUACAUUCCACAGAAGUCGAAUGGAUUACUUUUUUUGGUACUUUAAUGUUUUUUUUUUUUGUCAUUUUGGAGCCUGAAAGACCCA